GGCAGUGUACGUGCACACAAGUGCAUGAAAAACAAAUACUCAAUUGCUCUAUCGCGCGUAGUGCACGAAAAAUCUUGUUGUAACGUGUUUGUCCAGUCAUGUCACUCGCUAAUAAGGAUCUGAAAAUCGUGAGGAGAGGCGAGACUUGAUUUUUCAUUUCUUCUAAUAUCUUCAACGACAACAUUCGAAGUCAGACGCAUUAACGAGUUAAAGCGCGUAAAGUUAGUUCGACAAAAGAAAUAUCUACAGGUAACGUCGCAAGUCCGCAAGCACACACGACUCAGGGAAUCAUCCCCUAGGCGUUGUCGUGUGUCAGGGUACUAACUCAGGGUGAGCGAGGCCCCUAGGCGUCAUCGUAGAUCGCGUACGUAGUAGUCAAGUAAAACAUAGACACAAUUCGGGUAAUUAUGUAGAAUAUGGGCGUCACCUCAAAUUUCGAUAAAAUUGGGCUUAUAUGACGUGUUUUUGCAGGAAAUGAACGAAUCUGGCAGAAAUAAUUGCCGCUCUGCCUCGCAAAGCGAGAUAUAAAUCGUUAAAGUUGACAACUAUUUAGGUUAGGAAACCUGUCAUCUCGGCGUAAUGUAACAAACUGAGUAUGCGCUGUGUAUGUGCCGUGCUAGAAAAAGUGCGCCAAAUUUGAAAUUAUGCUUUGUUUUAAUUAUAUAAAAUACACUCGUAUGUUUAAAAUAUGAUAAUAUUAAAAUCUUUCUCUUUAAUAAUUGAUGAGAUUUCAUAAAAUUAUUUUUAAAAUUUUUUGCUUUACCAAAUUGAUGAGUGUAAAAUACGCUUUAAAUUAAAGCAGGCAACAGACGCCUGCUUUACAACAAAAUUAAUUUUUACUAAGUUUUCUUUGUUAGUAUGUGAUAGAAUAAGUCUAAUUUUAUCGAAAUUUAAAGUGAUGCCCGUAUUCUAAAUAAUUAUCAAGCUAAACUUUUAGUAUUGUAUAUUAAGUUGCCCUCAUUGACCUCAGAACAUUUUGGUACUUUUUGUGAGAUCAGGGACUCUGCACGAAGAUGCAUUGGUGGUAGCAGUCUGAUGCAUUUUGAUGGAAUUGGAUCAAUGGGACAUCAAUCACAACUACUCGUAUAACAUAGCCGAAUCAGAAGGAAAUUGUUCGAUUUCAAUCCUGUUCCUAAUAUCGAAACAAUGGUCGAUAGAGCUAAACUUCUUAUUCAAAAAAGAACAUCUUUAAAAUCUAAGAUUAUCAACUUAAGUAACCUCCUCGAUAAAGAUAAAAUCAACGGCGUCGAAUUGAGAUUACGGGGCGCACGUUUGACUGAAUUGUAUCAUGCCUACGAGGAGUAUAGUGACGAGCUCGCGGUGCUGGAUCCGAGCGACGCGCAUACAGACGAAUUCGCAGACAUUCAAGAACGUUUCUAUAUUCUCGCGGGCAGAAUCGAAAAUACCUUAAAUGCGGCGAACGCUUCGAGUGUGGGCGCUAACGUGUCGAACGAGGAAGCGCAAUCUAAUAAUGGAAGCAUGGUAGAAAGAAGACCUAUUAAGUUGCUUGAGCGUCCGUACGAGACGACGCGCAGCAGCAUAUUGCGUCUUUAAGCGCGCUAGGAGUUUCUGUCGCACCUGAGAUAGUCGUCCAUAUAUUAGAAAAUAAAUUGCCGAAAGCGACGUUAGAAAAGUGGGAAGCAACUCUUGAAAGAAAUGAGUUUCCAAAGCUUGACCAAAUGUACGAUUUUUUAUACAAAACGGCAGCGGUGUGCGCGUUGAGACGCGAAAAAGUAUUAUAAAGGCGACGGAGACUGUGAAAUGCAAGGGUGAUCCUCCUAUCAAAAGGAAGCGAUUCCAGUCAGAGGACAAAACCUUUGUGUUAAAUGGGCGUAAUUGCGUGGUGUGCAAAACAAAACAGCACUCCACCUAUGCGAUGAGUUUAAACAACUGCCAAUACCUAAACGCAUUAAAACGGUAAAAAAUGCAAAGCUUUGCUACAAUUGUAUGCGAUCUCACAAAGAUCAUCCUUGCAAAUUCUCUAGCUGCUCGAUUUGUCAAAAGCGGCAUAACACGCUUCUUCAUGAUGAAGAACAAAAUCGAUACGAAAACGAACAUCUUUCAAUCGGUAUGAUUAACUGGUCUGCAAGUUAAAAAGUAAGCCUCGUAUUAAUAUCUUAUAAAAUAACGCCUUAAUUAUUAACAAUUGCGAUGGUAUAUCCAUAGUGCAAAUGCGAGCCCAUCCGGUGUCGUGCGUUACUGGACACUUAUGCGACAGCUAAUUUUAUAACUAAACGUAUUGUGCGACGUUUAAAUAUAUACCUAUGAACACAUUCGGUACUGAUCGGCGCGAUUAAUGCGAUGAACAUAGUUUCGAAGAGUAUAGCCCUAUACAGUCAGCUUACAAUAACUUUUGCAACGAUCUCAUGUGUUUAAUUAUUCCGGCCAUCAUGGAUCUGAUACCACUCGGGACCUUUCCACGAAAUUUAAUUGAUAUAUCUAUGAACAUUAGACUAGCGGAUUUCGAUUUUUCAUUUACCGUGUUUUUUUCUCUCUCCAUUGAAUUAUUAAUCGGCUUUGGAGCGACAUUGUCGUUAUUUUUUGUAAGGCAAAUCAAUCUAUCACGAGAAGGAUACGAUUUAUAUCUGCAGCAAUCCGGCGUGUCUCUGAAUAAUAUAAUAAUGGGCCCCUUAAGGACAAGCUAUUUUCGUAUUUAAUUAGAUUUCACGUAUAUAAAUUGUCAUUAACGAGGACAUUGAAAAAAUGUAUCUGCAGAUAUUAUUGCAUGAAGAUGAUCAGGAUUCUUCUCUCUCCUAAACCCGAACGACUUAUUUAUAUUAUCACCGGCUCACUAAUCGGCAAUCUCUAACGGCCCUUCCGGCGGGCGACCUGUUAUCUGUUCCAGUCAAUCAAUUAUUUACCUUGCAGCAUACCAGUGAAAUGCGACAGGAUUUCUGGACGCGUUGGAGGCUUGAAUACCUGAACGAAUUGCAAAUGUGUAGUAAAUGAGCCAAGAAUGGGCCGAAACUCGACGUCGGGGAUUAUUGUUCUCAUUAAAGACAAGAAUAGGCAUGCCAUGUACCCGAUGGACAAUGGGCAGGGUCGUGAUAAUCCAUCCAGACGAACAUGGGAGUAUUGCGGACUGUUACUAUCAAAACUCCAUCAGGACAGAUAAAGAGAACAGUCAAUCAUUUAUGUUUCUUAUUGAUCGAGCAAUAGCAAUGCUCUACAUCUUACACUAUCAUUUAAGACCCAUUGUAAAGGAUUAUUAUUAUGCGAUUAUUAUUAUUAUUAUGUGUUGUAAACGAUUAUUAUGAUAAUUAUGCGAUUAUUAUGCGUUGUGAAGGAUUAUUAUUAUUAUUAUGCGAUUAUUAUGCGACUUAUGCGUUAAGCCAUUAGGCUACAAUGGUUACAUAUUAUAAUUCAAAAUAUGUGAACUAUUUUUAUUAUAUAAUAUCAUGCUUAGAACACUUUAUGCGUAAGCGAUUUCUCUCAAAGAGUUCAUUGAUUCCUCUCAGACGACAUUGCGAAUUUACGAGCACACACGUUCAGGGAAUCAUUCCCUAAAUGUUAUUAUGUCAGGGUACCGACCUAGGAUGAGCAAGGUAUCAAGGCGUCGUCGUGUAUCGCAUACGUGAAAUAAAAAAUAAACAAUUUGCAAGCGAUAUAAUUAUAAUUAUAAUAUUAAAACUAACGAAUGUAAAUAAAUUUUGAUAAAAGCGAAA